AUGGAGACGGACAAACCGUCCCGCUCGUCGGGCAGCAAUCGGAGUUGGCAGCGCGCAAGUUAUCGCGGUCGCAGACGACGGAAACGCAGGCGGAAGCCAUGGGGUGAGCGGAUCGCCGACUGGACCAGGGCGCUGAUAGCCUUUCUCUUCAGCAACGUCGGUAUCGUCUGCCUAGUGGUGGGCUACACCAUUGCGGGCGCCUUCUUGUUUGGCCACAUCGAGGGUAAGGCCAACCCGGACAUUGCCGACGAAUUUAUCAGAUGUAGGAACCUGACGGCCGCCACUCUCUGGGAGUUAACUUCCAAGGAAAAUGUGUUCUCGGAGAAGCUAUGGAAAGCAAAGGUGAGGGACAUUCUCGAGAAUUAUCAGAAGAAAGUGGUGUUGGCCAUAAAAAAUGGAUACGACGGUGUGGAGGAUAAGUGGAGUUUCGCUGGCGCCUUUCUGUAUUCCCUCACUGUGAUAACGACCAUCGGUUACGGCAACAUUUAUCCCAAGACGAAAUGGGGCAAAGUCGUGACUAUAGUCAAUAUUGGUGACAUUCUGGCCAGAAGCUUCAAAUGGAUUUACGCCCGUUGCUGCCUGUGCAAGUGCCGGAGAAGACCGCACGAGUCGACGGCCGAUGCGUUGGAGAUGCCGAACGAUGAUCCGGUUGCGAAGAGAGAUCGAUGGCAGAUGGUGAACACCCACGGCGAGGAGGUAGACACGUCGAGUUUAGAAGAAACUUCGCCGAGAGACGACGAGGGCGGUGACGAGGGCGACGACGAAGGCGACGAUGAGAGCGACAGCUACGAUCCGCAGCACGUGACAGUGCCGUUAACUCUAUGUCUUGCUAUCAUGGUGGGGUAUAUCUGGGGCGGCGCGAUUCUGUUUUCGGAAUGGGAAGACUGGAACAUGCUGGAUGGUUCUUACUUCUGCUUCGUCUCUUUGUCGACUAUAGGUUUCGGCGAUAUCGUCCCGGGCGACAAGAUCUACUCUGGAGAAGGCCUCGACCUGUCUUUCAUCUUCUGUUCCAUGUACCUGAUGCUCGGAAUGGCGUUGAUUGCCAUGUGCUUUAAUCUCAUGCAAGAGGAAGUAAUGGCGAAGGUGCGCGCUCUGAUACGCAUCAUCAAAUACAUCUUCAGAUGUGAGAGAUGACGAAGUUAUCGAGACCGCGAUCCUUCAACUACCACGAUAAUCGGUAAGUGUGAGCGAAUAUUUCUCUCAUAUUCGAUAAUUCGUGACGAUCUUAAUAAGACAUAUUUUAUAAUUAAACUCUGACAAUGAAUCAAAUCUUUAGAUGGAUUUCAAUAAGUUUUAUCAUAAUUUCGCAUUUAACCUAAAUCAGACAUUAACACAU